AUGCGCUGCGCUGCCUUGAGGUUGUUCCGUACGACCUUCCAGAGCCCUGGCCGUGGCAUCACAAAGCCUCUCCAGAGACUCAGCAUCGCGCCCCUCGGAGGCCCGAGCAGCGCCCGCCACUUCGCCCGCCCUCGUCACCUUUACCAGACUGCUCGAUACGUCUCCAACCGUCCGCGCCCUGAGUAUGCGGUAGGCGAGCCGAUACGGUCUUCAAUGUACGCUCGCCGGCUCUCUGUCGCGCUCGUCUCGGGCCUAGUCGGCUACGGCGCCUGGUACUCGUACAAGGGCAACGGCACCGAUCCCGCCCUCGCGGUCUCGAGGGCCUAUUCUUCUGCCGGCAAGGCUGGCGAUGCCGCGGCGCCCACGCGCAACGUCCUUGUCAUAGGCGCCAACGAGUUGCACACGGGCACUUUCGUCGGCGACGGCCCCAUCUCCAAGCACGUGGAUGGCGAGGGUAGGAGGGUGCUCGAGAUGCUGACACCCGAGCAGUCGACGCAGAAGAUGCGCUCGUCGGAGGAGUCGUACUUUAUCAACCGUGGGCAGGGCGUGGUCAGGUAUGACCUUGUCCAGCUGCCUAGUAAUGACCCCAUCGAGGACGACCACGCCGAGAAGAUCAUCGAGGUCCCGGACAAGACGGAGGCUUCCAAGAUCAACGACUGGAUGUUCUGGGGGGUAUUUGAUGGUCACUCCGGAUGGACCACGUCUGCGAAACUUCGGCAAGCUCUGAUCCGAUCAGUGGCCCAAGAGCUCAACGAGACGUACAAAGCUGCCCCCGGCGCUUUCCCGCCUCAGGAUGCAAUUGAAGGUGCUAUCAAGAUGGGAUUCACCAGGCUGGACGACGAAAUCGUCAACGAGAGUGUGCAAAAGGUUCUCAAACAGAAGUCCAAGAUCGUGGCCGCGGAGCUUCUGGCCCCUGCGCUUUCUGGCUCAUGUGCUCUGUUGUCUUUCUACGAUAGCAAGUCCAAGCUUCUCCGAGUUGCCUGCACUGGUGACUCUCGCGCCGUGCUAGGUCGUCGAUCCGAGAAUGGCAAGUGGUCGGCCACGCCGUUGUCAGUUGACCAGACUGGGAGCAACCCGGACGAGGCUGCCCGCAUGAGGAAACUCCACCCCGGCGAAGAGCAUGUCGUCCGCAAUGGCAGAGUUCUGGGCGGUCUCGAGCCCACUCGUGCCUUUGGAGACGCAAGCUACAAGUGGACUCGCGAGAUAUCCGACCGUCUCCGCCAGUCAUUCUUUGGCCGGUCACAGUCACCGCUCCUCAAGACGCCUCCCUAUGUCACCGCUGAGCCCGUGGUGAGCACCACCAAGAUUGAGCCUGAGAAGGGUGACUUUGUGGUCAUGGCCACGGACGGCCUUUGGGAGAUGUUGACAAAUGAGGAGGUCGUGGGACUUGUCGGGAAGUGGAUUGAGAGCCAGGCCAGCUCAACCUCCAACUCACAGUUUGACUCUGUCUGGUCCAAGGUGUUUGGCUCACAAACAGGCGCACUUCCUGUAGAGGCAGGCAAGACUGGUUCUGGCGAUGGUCAAAAGACGCCGUACCGCAUGCAACAAUGGGGCAUCUCUCCGGACAGCAAGGACCGCUUCGUGGUCAAGGACAAGAAUGCGGCUACGCACCUCAUUCGCAAUGCUCUGGGAGGCAAGAAUGACGACCAGGUCUCGGCGCUGUUGACACUGCCGUCGCCCUACUCGAGGAGAUACCGUGACGAUCUUACUGUCCAGGUUAUUUUCUUUGGAUACGGAGAGAAGACCGGAGAGGUCAUGGUCAACAAGGAAGCCACUGCUCCGGAGAAGCCAGAAGUCUUCAGUGCGAAGCUUUGA